UCCCUUUUACGAAAAAGGGAUGCAGCCUAGACACAGCCCUGUAGCGUACUAUUCUGGGCAUCAAGACGUUGGGAUUCAGUUUCCAGCUCUGUCAGACUUCUGUGACUUGAUAAGUUGCUUGUUCUGCCCUGUGUUCCAGGGCUCUUGUGAACAUCAAGUUUUCUAAUGACUGAGAGGCUUAGAUGCUGUGGUGCGGAGGGCUACGUACGGACCUAGCUAGGAAUGCAGCAGUCAGGGUGUGUGGCGUCCUGUCCUGGUGAUGUGAUCGAGAAGACACACGAAGUCUUGGCAAUGGCUGUAGAAUACAAAAGGGGUUGAAUGUUGUGUGCCCAGGUUCCACUGCUGCUGUAGAGAUCUUGAAGCCAAGAAUGUGUCCAGUUUACACAGUUUCAGACCCUCAGGAGAGGGUGUCUGAUAGAAACUCUCCAUGGGGCUGACAUUGGUGUCUGCGUAAGGGGUGCCAGUUGCCUUGGCAGACUGUCGGGUGACCUAUCACUGUUUGGAUCGUGCUGUAGAUUGUACUGAAAUACGGUGCUUUCCCUUAAAGGCUCUCCUACAUCUUUCAUUGCUUCAUUGUCACAGGUGGAGUAUCUGAGGGAGUGCUGGUGUCCGCAAGGCAUCAUCGCUGUCCCCGAUGCUACUCCGAGCCGCUCAGGGUGAUGUGCUGCUAAAACAGUCAGUGGCUACCUGGGGCCUGAUUGUGCUCCUACUGUUGGAGGAGCUGUGCUGGUCUUAGUGCAAUGGCCUUCCUAACUAGCAGCGGAAUUGAAACGUGGGGACCGGGAAGCAGUCUUCAUUCUCUCCCUCCCUCUUGCGUAUCAGCUGGUGUCCUCAGGGUGUGUAGCCAGCAGCCUGGCACGCACAGCACUGCAAGGGCUCAGGCCCACCCCAGCGAACUCCUCCACGCUAGCAAUGACGCCAUUCCCCUCCCGCUAGUGGCGCUGGAUUAACUGCUGCCUGGAGGUACCUGCUGGAAAUGACAGUGGAUGCUGCGCUUCCCCCGACCUCUCAGGGCACCUUCCAGAAUCCCUGGCUUCUGCUCCCACCCAGCCUCACGUCGUCUUCCUCCAUCGCCAGGCUCCUUCCGCCAGUGCUGCCAUUCUGCUCCUGGGUUCCUCCCCGCAGCACUAGCCCCUGCUCUGAGCCCAUCAGCCCUCCCUCGCUCCCCAGUGUGGGGGCUCUUACCCUGGCUUGUACGUGAUGAUGAUUCCAGAGCGGGAUGGUCGGCCAGCCAGGCUGUAAUGUCGUCCCUGGCGACUUCCCAUGAAGGCGAGAGCUCUACUCCUAGGUUCUUUGUUGGCACCAGAGAUGAUGAGACAGAUUUCGUGGGAUCAAACAUGAAGACGGAUGAGAUCGAUUUCUUUGAGGAUGAUGAGGAGUCGGAGUCGCCUCCAGAACGGCAGAUCGUGGUUGGAAUCUGCGCCAUGACCAAAAAGUCCAAGUCCAAGCCCAUGACUCAGAUCCUGGAGCGCCUGUGCAAGUUCGAGUACAUCACUGUGGUGAUCAUGGGGGAAGACGUCAUUCUGAAUGAGCCAGUGGAGAAUUGGCCGCCUUGCCACUGCCUCAUCUCCUUCCACUCGAAAGGGUUUCCCCUGGAUAAGGCAGUCGCUUACGCCAAGCUGUGCAAUCCGUUUCUGAUCAAUGACCUUGAUAUGCAGUAUUACAUCCAGGACAGGCGAGAAGUGUACCGGAUCCUGCAAGAGGAGGGCAUAGACCUGCCCCGUUACGCUGUGCUCAAUCGGGACCCUGACAAACCAGAUGAGUGCAAUCUAGUGGAGGGAGAGGACCAAGUAGAGGUGAACGGAGCGGUUUUCCCAAAGCCGUUUGUGGAGAAGCCAGUCAGCGCAGAGGAUCACAAUGUUUAUAUUUACUACCCCACCUCAGCAGGUGGGGGCAGCCAGCGGCUCUUCCGGAAGAUCGGUAGCCGGAGCAGCGUGUACUCCCCGGAGAGCAGUGUUCGGAAGACUGGCUCCUACAUCUAUGAGGAGUUCAUGCCUACAGAUGGCACUGAUGUCAAGGUGUACACGGUUGGGCCAGAUUACGCCCAUGCGGAAGCCAGGAAGUCCCCUGCUCUGGAUGGAAAGGUUGAACGGGACAGCGAGGGGAAGGAGAUCCGCUAUCCAGUCAUGCUGACUGCCAUGGAGAAGUUAGUUGCCAGGAAAGUCUGUGUUGCCUUUAAGCAGACCGUGUGCGGGUUCGACCUCCUGCGGGCGAACGGCCACUCCUUCGUCUGCGACGUGAAUGGGUUCAGCUUUGUGAAGAACUCCAUGAAGUAUUACGACGACUGCGCCAAAAUUCUUGGGAACAUAGUCAUGCGGGAGUUGGCCCCGCAGUUCCAGAUUCCCUGGUCCAUCCCCACCGAGGCAGAGGAUAUUCCCAUUGUCCCCACGACGUCCGGCACCAUGAUGGAGCUGCGCUGCGUUAUUGCAGUGAUACGGCAUGGAGACCGCACCCCCAAGCAGAAGAUGAAGAUGGAGGUGAAACACUCCAGGUUCUUUGACUUGUUUGAGAAAUACGAUGGCUACAAGACGGGGAAGCUGAAGCUGAAGAGGCCGGAGCAGCUGCAGGAGGUGCUGGACAUUGCGCGCCUGCUGGUGGUGGAGCUGGGCGCUCGCCGUGACGCCGAGAUCGAAGAGAGGAGAGCCAAACUGGAGCAGCUCAAAACCGUCCUGGAGAUGUACGGCCAUUUCUCUGGCAUUAACCGCAAGGUGCAGCUGACCUACCUGCCUCAUGGACACCCGAAAGCUUCCAGUGAGGAUGAAGAUGCCCGUAAGGAGUCCUCCCCAUCGCUGCUCCUGGUGUUGAAAUGGGGUGGAGAGCUGACCCCAGCAGGAAGGGUCCAAGCGGAAGAGCUUGGCCGGGCCUUUCGCUGUAUGUACCCUGGAGGCCAAGGUGACUAUGCUGGCUUCCCAGGGUGUGGCCUGCUCAGGCUGCACAGCACCUACCGGCACGACCUCAAGAUCUAUGCUUCAGACGAGGGCAGGGUUCAGAUGACAGCAGCAGCUUUUGCAAAGGGGCUCCUGGCUCUGGAGGGAGAGCUGACACCCAUCCUGGUGCAAAUGGUAAAAAGUGCCAAUAUGAAUGGGCUGUUGGACAGCGACAGUGACUCCCUGAGCAGCUGCCAGCACAGAGUGAAGGCGCGGCUACACGAGAUCAUGCAGAAGGAUGCCAGGUUCUGCGAGGAGGAUUACGAAAAGUUAGCACCUACAGGCAGCCUCUCGCUGGUCAACUCCAUGACUUCCAUCCAGAACCCUGUAGAGAUCUGUGACCAGGUGUUUGCCCUGAUUGAGAACCUCACCUCCCAGAUACGCAAACGUCUGGAAGAUCCCAAAUCUGCAGACCUGCAGCUGUACCACAGCGAGACGCUGGAGCUGAUGCUGCAACGCUGGAGCAAGCUGGAGAGAGAUUUCCGCAUGAAGAAUGGGCGCUAUGACAUCAGCAAGAUCCCUGACAUCUAUGACUGCAUCAAGUACGACGUGCAGCACAAUAGCAGCCUGAAGCUGGAGGGCACGGCUGAGCUCUUCAAGCUCUCCAAAGCUUUGGCGGAUGUGGUCAUACCCCAGGAAUAUGGGAUUAAUAAGGAGGAGAAGCUGGAAAUUGCUCUUGGUUUCUGUCUUCCUCUCAUCAAGAAGAUCCAGCUGGACCUGCAGAGGACCCAUGAGGAUGAGUCUGUGAACAAGCUGCACCCCCUGUACUCUAGAGGAGUCCUGUCCCCAGGUCGCCAUGUCCGGACACGGUUAUACUUUACCAGCGAGAGCCACGUACAUUCUCUGCUCAGCAUCUUCCGCUAUGGGGGGCUCUUGGAUGAGGCCCAGGACCAGCAGUGGAAGAGAGCCAUGGACUACCUGAGUGCGAUCUCGGAGCUGAACUACAUGACCCAGAUCGUGAUCAUGCUCUACGAGGACAACAACAAGGACCCGGCUUCAGAGGAGCGUUUUCAUGUGGAGCUGCAUUUCAGCCCAGGCGUGAAGGGAUGUGAGGAAGAUGGAAGUGCCCCUGCAGGGUUUGGUUUUCGGCCUGCAUCAGCAGAGAAUGACGCGACGCCCGACCAGGGCAGCAUGGAGGAUCUCUCCAAGGUGAAGAGCGUUGAUGAGCCAGACGAAGCACCACACAGGUCAUCCCAGCUCCUGGAGCCAGUCAGCAUUCAGCGGAGAUCGCCCUUGAUCCGCAACCGGAAAACGGGCUCCAUGGAGGUGCUGUCUGAGUCCUCUUCCAGAUCUGGAGGGUAUCGCCUCUUCUCCUCCUACGCCAGACCGUCUUCCGAAAUGAAGCAGAGUGGCCUAGGGUCGCAGUGCACAGGACUGUUUAGCACAACUGUGCUCGGAGGCUCCUCCAGUGCCCCCAACCUCCAGGACUAUGCACGCAGCCACGGCAAAAAGUUCGUCGCUAGCCUGACCUACAAAGACGAGCUCUUGUCUAUGCCAGCCGUAAAACGAUUUUCUGUGUCGUUUGCAAAGCAUCCGACUAAUGGUGUGCGCGAACACCGCUGUGUUGCCCAGCUGCUGCGCCGUUUUUCCUCCGACUGUGCCGUGAGACAGAGCCUCUCCUUGGACGCCCCUCUGGCCCACCACCUCCACCAGUGCUCCUACCACCUGCGUCUCUUCAGGGGCUGGCUGCUCUCGGGCCGGGACGAUCUGGAGCGCCUCUACGGCUUUGAAGGCUGCUCCAUGGUUCCCACCAUUUACCCACUGGAGACGCUGCACAACUCCCUCUCGUUGCGGCAGGGCAACGUGGUUCCUGCGUGGACUGUUUUUGGCGAGUACUGCAAUAUUUGUAAGAAAUACAGUCACGUUGCCAAUGUCCGUAACCAGGAUCAACAACUGCAGACGAGGAAGCAAAGCAAGCAUGCUGAUGCAGAAAUCCAGGAAAAGAGCACAGAUAGCAAUGCAGAAUAA